GUUAUCAUUAGUCAGCUGUUUAAUCCCCCGAAAAUUUGUUUGACUUUUGCUUUUCUCCGAUUAUUCAUAGGAAAAUUAUUAAUUUUUGCUCACAAAACGUUUAAAAUAUGUUUUAAAAUAUGAAUAAUAAUAAUCCAAACAUAAUAUUUAAUCCAUUAAUAAGUGCAAUACAAAAAGUUGUGCUAUAUGAAACCAAAACGCGUUUGUAUUUGGUGGGCAGUAAUAAUAGGGAAACACGCUUCCGUUUGCUAACUAUCGAUCGAACCCAACACGACCGUUUGGUAAUAGAUGAAAAUCCUAAUGAAUUCAAUGCAUUGGAGAUACGAAGAUUUCUCAGCUCUUUGGGAGGCUCGCCCAAGGUUAUAUCUGCCUAUGGAGUAUUGGGUUUUGUAAGAUUCUUGGAGGGAUACUAUUUAAUAUUGGUGACAAAGCGAAAAUGUUGUGCUCAUUUGGGCAUGCAUUUAAUUUAUACCAUCAAGGAUACGGUUAUGGUUAAGGUCAAUGAACCCACCGUUGCACUAAAAAACCCACAUCCAUAUGAAGAACGCUAUAAGAAAAUGUUUCAAAAUAUUGAUUUAAGGAGUAAUUUUUAUUUUUCGUACUCCUAUGACUUAACACGCACUUUGCAAUAUAAUUGUUCGGCACCCAGAUAUGUGGGUCCUCAUGUGGAUAUUGAAACCGAUGAGCCUUUGCCGGAUUGGGAUACUUUAACAAAUAAUGUAGAGAACUCCAAUGAGAGGGUAGAUUAUGCAUUUAGAAGUUGUUCGCGUAAACGUUUUGUUUGGAAUGCUUUUCUAUUGGAACCCAUGCUAUCGUGUGGUAUUAUGUUAAGAGAUUGGCUGUUGGAAGUAACUCAUGGCUAUGUAAGUCAAUCGUGUAUUAGUGUUUUUGGUAGACGGGUAAAUGUUUGCCUAAUAGCACGCAGAAGUACCAGAUUUGCUGGUACUAGAUUUUUAAAACGUGGAGCUAAUUUUCGUGGCGAUGUGGCCAAUGAGGUGGAGACAGAACAAAUUGUAACAGAUGGUCAUAAUAUGUGUUCUUUCACGCAAAUGCGUGGCUCGGUACCAUCACAUUGGUCUCAGGACAUUAGUAAAAUGGUACCUAAACCACCUAUACAACUGGAUAUAUCCGAUCCCUAUGCCCAAACUCCGGCAAGGCAUUUUGAAAGAUUACUCUUUCACUAUGGUUCACCUAUUAUUAUCUUGAAUUUGGUUAAGAAACGUGAAAAGCGUCAACAUGAAAAUAUCAUUGCAAAGGAAUUGGUCAACAGCAUACGAUAUUUGAAUCAAUUUUUGCCACCUCAACAUCGCAUGAAGUAUAUACACUUUGACAUGGCUCGCAAAAGUCGAGGCGGUGGUAAUGUUAUGGAAAUGUUAGCAGACAUUGCUGAAUCAGUGGUACAACAAACUGGCAUGUUUUUUAAAGCACGCGGUCAUCCAUUGUCCUUUCAAACUGGAUUGGUGCGCACAAAUUGUGUUGAUUGUUUGGACCGUACAAAUACUGCACAAUUUGCUAUUGGCAAAUGUGCAUUGGGACAUCAGUUGGAGCGCUUGGGUUUUAUAAAAUCUCCCAAUUUAGAAUUUGAUUCGGAUUGUGUUACCAUGCUAGAGAAUUUGUAUGAGGAACAUGGUGAUACUUUGGCUUUGCAAUACGGUGGUUCUCAAUUGGUUCAUCGUAUUAAAACAUAUCGCAAGACCGCUGCUUGGGCCUCACAAGGUAAUGAUAUUAUGCAAACGCUGAGUCGUUAUUAUAGCAAUACAUUUAACGAUACCGAAAAGCAGCACAGUAUUAAUUUGUUUUUGGGCUAUUACAAGCCCAGUAAGAGUCACUUGAAACAAAACCAACCCAUUUGGGAGCUACAAACCGACUACUAUAUGCACAAUGCUUAUAAACCUUUAACGCCGGCUAAUGAGACUCGCCUCAUCACCGAUUGGGUACGCAUGAAAGUUCGCAAAUGUUUACCCUUCUCAUGUUCAGAUGCCAAUAAAAUUGUUAAAGAACUAUUUCGGGUACAUAGCAAAGAUUUAGAAAUGAUAGAUGGUUACUCUAACUAUCAUCAAUCAUUCAAAUGGACCGACUUAAGUGAACAUAUAUCAUUUGAAAUCAGUCAAUUAGCAAUGCGUCACUUGCCAACUUUUCGUACUAACUACUCACCAUUCCAAAGGCAAAUACAAGAACGUAAAAAACCAAAAAAUCCCUCACUUACAGGACAAAGUUCAACUAGUUCGACUACCAGUAAUGAUUCAAGUUCUACCUCUGAAGCUUCUGACACUUCAUCGGAUGAAGAAUUUAGUGCAUCGCUAUCAUUGAAAGAACAAAAUCUAAAUAAAACUCUAGAUAAGGAAGCACCUUUAACAUUGGCCGCUUUAUUGCCACCCAUGGAAGAGGUGUACGGUUGCAAGGUAAGUAAUCCAUCUAAAGAAAAUAUGACUAUUUACAAGCGUUAUGUACAAAUGGCUAAAUUAACAACACAACCCUUGAGUGCCACUGGUGGUGUGUCAUCACAAACCAUGACAAUAGCUGGUAGCAAUUUAUCCUCUUCAUCUCCAAGCACACCAAAUGCACGUAAUACGGGCAUACAGUUAAAACCUCUAAGUGAUUAUGGUACAGAUUCUUAUUUGUCGGUAAAACCGCCUACUGUAAGUGAGGAAAGUCGACGUAUUUAUGAAGAAUACUGUAAAAGUCCACGAAAUUUUAAUGCUGUACCCAAAAUAGAUGAAAUGGAUAAAUUAUAUCGUUACGUUUUAAUGCUUUAAGUGAAAAAGCAACAAUAUUUAUAUACUACAUAUUUAUAAAAUAUUUAUAUAAUAAACAAAACUAUUACCU